UGUCAGCUUAGCAAAGGAACUCCAGCUGAGGAAAGACUUUCCUGUUUCUCAGGACUGUUUCUUCGUCUUGAGGAAGUAAACCGGACUUAAGAGCGAUGUCGGGCUGUGUGGAGAAGGAUUUUGUGUUCCAGUUUAAGAAUGGGAGCCUGAAGUCUUGCCUGACGGUUCCCCUGCGGCUUCCUCCGGAGUGUUCAGCGCGAGACCUGAGAGGGAGACUAGUUGCCGCACACAACCUGCCGUGUUAUGUGGAGGAUGACCUCCUUCAACAGUUGGAAGAAUUCAUUGCAGUGGAGACUUCCAAGCUGCAGGAUGAGAAUGCUGAGAGCUCCCUCAGAGCCUUGGAUUCUGGGGGAAAGUCAGCUGAGGACAAAGCAGAAAGCUGGGCUCACGCAUUUACCAGGGAGUGCACAAGAUACAGUGACCCUGAGGCAGCGAACAAGGACCACCAGUUCGCCAUGAUGUACCACGCCCUGAUCCACUCCUCGGCCCUGGAGACACUGCUGAACCUGGAGCACACCUACGCUGUCGCUAACGGUGAUGUCAUCAACCACAGGGAGAACGCCAGGAAAAAUCUGGAAGACAAACAGCACCAGGAGAUGGAGUCAGCCAUGCAGGGCCUCGGGGUCACCCACACAGAUGAGCAGGUCAACACCCUCGCACAGAAGCACUUUGACAGCACACAGAAACUGGAGGUGCAGUGGGACCAUGAGGUGUGUAACCUACAGAAGACACAGCGUGAUGAGUACAGGGAGUGGGUAAAGCAGGUUCACCAGGACAUGGAGCACAGCAACGGGAACAGGACAACCAUCCAGCGUAUCCGUGCCAUGUCAGAUGCUGUAGACAAGGGUGUAGAUGAUAACAAUGAGCCAGAGGAGCAGCCUAGGCUGGAGGAAAGCUUCACUAUACAUCUGGGAGCCCAAAUGAAGACCAUGCACAACAUCCGGCUGAUGCGGGCCCAUCCGCUGGACCUGUGUCGACACAAACCUAACAAAAUUGGUGGUACCAAGCCCCAGCGCCUACAGACUGCCCUGUCCCUCUACUCCAACACACUGUGUGGUCUGGUGCUGCUCGUGGACAACAGAGUCAAUGCCUACACUGGCAUUAAGAGAGAUUUUUCCUCGGCCUGUCAGCAGUCCACAGAUUUCCACUUCCCGGCCCUGCAGGACCAGUUCAGCAGUAUCCAGGAGGACCUGGUGAGGGCCAACAGCUGCAGGCUGGCACGGCAGGCUGCCAGGGAGGAGGAAGAAGAGAAUGGCAGCAAUGGCAGUGCAGACAGUGAGAAAUCCAAGAGCAAGUCAUUCUCAGAUCUCAACAGGUUACAGGCAGGGGAUUUCUACAUCACCAGGCAUUCCAACCUAGCUGAGGUGCAUGUAGUGUUCCACUUGGUGGCGGAUGAUUCCCUACGCUCCACCAACAUUAACGCUCGUAACCCGACCAUCCUGGGGCUGCGCAGCAUCCUCAAGGUCGCCUGUCGACAUGACAUACUGACCUUGACCGUUCCACUCCUACUGGUGCAUGAGAUGGGAGAGGAGAUGACAGUGCAGUGGUGUUUGAAAAGAGCCGAGCUCAUCUUCAAGUGUAUUAAAGGGUUCAUGAUGGAGAUGGCAUCUUGGGGAGGCACAGAGUCCAGAACUAUACAGUUCAUGGUACCUGAGGGUAUUUCAGAUGAGAUGUUCCACCAGUUCAGUAACAUGCUGCCCCAGAUCUUCCGUGUGUCAACACCCCUGGAUCUCAGCAAAGCUAAAUGAUAACAUCUCCAUCAUGAGUGUUAGUUUAUGUAUCCACAAAGUUGACAAUUGAUAUAGUGAAUAAUAAAAUGGCAGUCUCUACUGGCCAAUUAUUAGUAUUUGCUAUCUAUGCCAUAUCAGCAAUAUGUUUUUCAAGUGAUAUGUUGUACUUUUCCAUGAUAUGAGAAAAACAGUAAUAACUGUGAAAUCAAAAGCCUGUGCCAGGUUGAUGCAAAAUGUUGAAGUGUGGACAAAAGCAAUGUCCAGAAAGGUGCUUUUAAUAGAAAUUGAAGAAUUUAAUUCUUUGACAAAGCCAUAGAAUAUCUAGUAUUGAUUUAAGACUUCUUAACUGUCAAGAAAGUUUGGGAUUAAUGGGCUAUAAAAUUGUUGUAUAUGUUAUUAUUUUAAUUCUACUGUUUUAAUUAUGUGAAAACAAGGAUUUAUAUUGAAUUACCACUGGUGCAAUGACAGUGUGCAAUUCAUGCAGUUUUGUCGACAUCUGCACAGGGGCAGUACUGCAACAUGUGUCCAGCUGUAAAAAGGACAUGUAUACAAAUGUAUACAUUGUACCUGUGCAAUCAAGGAGCUUUCAUCAGAUCUAAGACAGCCAGUAAUCUCAUGAUAUACUGAUAUCAAACAGACGUAGACAAUGAGUUCUUGGUAUUGUUGUUUUAUUUACAUAUGUUCUCACCAGAAAAAUUUUAUUUUCAGGACCAUGUGAGAGCUAUAAUAUUGGCAACAAAAAUGUGUAAAAUAACGCUUUCAGUACGUUCACAUGGAAGACAACAAAACAAAUGUACUGCUGAAUACUGCAGUAUUACAUGUAUAUAUAACCAAUAAGGUUUUCCUCCCUUCAAACUGAUUCCAUCUGACUGCAUAAAAUAUAAUAAAAUUAACAAAAACAUGA